AUGGAUGGGCGAGACGCCGAGCCCUCCAAGGCGCGCGGCCAUGAAAAGCACGCCACUUUCGUCCUCGACCCCGACGGGCCGUCGGACGACUGCGGCGGCGAGGAGGAUUCCAACGCCCUUGAGGUGACCUUUGAUCCGGGCAACCCAUACCGCCGGAAGAGCUCCCUCGUGUCCUCCGAGGCCACCGUGCCCGUCGCCGUUCGCCCGAACAACCGCCGCGACCAGUGCAUUGUGCACCAGUUCCUCGCCUCGCAGCGCCGCGCAAAGGACAAGGACGGCGAUGCUGACGCGAAGCACUUCCUCGCCCACCCCAAAGUUGCCAAUGCCGAGGACCAUGCCACGGAGAAUGGUAGCGCGAAGCUCGCCCAGGAGAGGGGCCUCAACACCCUCGUGGAGCCCAAGCACCAGCGCCGGCAGUCCCGCGCCAUGGUCGACCCAACCAGCCUCGAGAAGGACGUCACCGGCCAGCCCGAUCAGCAGGCCUGGACCCGCGAGAUGACCAAGACCAUGUCCGAGCUCGACCUUACACAGUCCCGCGACGAGGUUCAUAGCCGGAUGCUCACCAAGAAGCAGCUUAGCGACAUGGCGUGGGGCGUCCGCGAGCUGAGCAGACGCCUGAGCACCAUGCGCAUCCGAAUCAACGUCAAGACCAUCUUCCUCAUCACCAAAAUCUACGACCAGGACCUCGUCCCCAAGACCCGCGAGCUGACCCGCUGGCUCCUCGACGCCGACAGAGACGUCGAGUACGUCGUCUACGUCGAAGACAAGCUCCGCACCAACAAAAAGUUUGACGUCGCCGGCCUCCUCGACGACGUUGCCCGCCAGCACGCAGAGCGUCGCGGCGGCGGCGGCGACUAUGACCUUGCUGCUGCGCGCGCAUCGCUUUCGCGCCGGCUGCGCUAUUGGGACGAGAACAUAUGCAAGACAAGGCCGCACACCUUUGACUUUGUCAUCACGCUCGGUGGCGACGGCACCGUGCUCUACGCAAGCUGGCUGUUCCAGCGCAUUGUCCCCCCCGUUUUGAGCUUUUCGCUCGGCAGCCUCGGCUUCCUGACCAAGUUUGACUUUGCCGAGUACAAGCCGAUCCUGACGUCGGCCUUCACCAAGGGCGUGACGGUCAGCCUGCGGCUGCGCUUCGAGGGCACCGUGAUGAGGAGCGUAAAGAGGAAACCAUCACCUGAGAGCUCCGAUGAGGACGAGGAGGAGCACCAUAGUCGGAGGGACCUCGUGGAGGAGCUGAUCGGAGAAGAGAGGGAAGACGCGCACACGCACCGGCCAGACGGGACGUUUGAAAUUCUCAACGAGAUUGUGGUGGACCGGGGACCCAAUCCGACCAUGUCAUACACGGAAAUCUUUGGCGAUGACGAGCAUUUCACCUCGGUGCUCGCCGACGGCAUUUGCGUGUCGACGCCGACGGGCUCAACGGCCUACAACCUGGCGGCAGGCGGGUCGCUAUGCCAUCCGGAGAAUCCCGUGAUGUUGGUCACGUCGAUUUGCCCGCACACCUUGUCGUUCCGACCCAUUGUGCUGCCGGACACGAUCGUGCUGCGCGUAGGUGUGCCCUACGACGCGCGGACGGCAUCCUGGGCGAGCUUCGACGGCCGGGAGCGCGUCGAACUGCAGCGCGGCGAUUACGUGACCAUCAGCGCCAGCAGAUACCCGUUUGCGUCGGUGCAGGCCGAGGGCCGGAGGAGCGAGGACUGGGUUAACAGCAUCAGCGGCAAGCUGGGCUGGAACACGAGGCAGAAGCAAAAGGGGUUCAAAGAGUGGGACAAGUAG